AUGUCUGCCUCCUCGAGUGUUCUCCACUGCGUGUUCAAGGGCUGCCCCAACGUCCGCCUCUCGUUCACGGACAAGUGCGCGUUUCACAAAAGUCGCAGCAAGUGCUGUGUCCAAGACUGCCCCAACAUGGUGUACGCCCGCAACCGGUGCGUUCGCCACGGAGGCAAGAAAACGUGCCAGGUCCAGGGGUGCGGGGGGAACGUCCGCGGCGGCGACUGGUGCACCAAACACGGAGGCCACAUCGUCAAGCGGUACUGCACGACGGAGGGGUGCACGAAGCAGGCGCACGCACAGCAAAAGUGUGUCAGUCACGGCGGAGGCCGGUACUGUCGAGCCCCGGGGUGCAGCCAGCACAUUCGCGUCGGCGGGUUUUGCAACCAGCACCAACCGUCCAAGUCGCCCCCCUCUUCACCCACGAGCACGUCGACCUGCGUGUGGUGGGAGUCCGUCCUCCAUGCAUUGUACGUCAGCAGCGGCGCCGAAGACCUGGUCGAUGACGACGAUCUGACCUGGGUGGACGACUUUACAGCCAUGUUCGUGUAA